AUGGGAGUAUCGACCUUGGAAGCCGAUUCCACACGCGCAGAAAAGAUUGGAGCUGUGAUAUUCCCCCCGCAAGCAGUCAAAUACUACAAUCCAGUUGUGUUCGUGCACGGUGAUCACAGAACUGGAGACAUUUGGGGGUGGAAAGCUGAUGGCGAGCCUGGAUGGGCCUUCCACUUCUGCGCGGCCAGAUUUUUCACUUUUGUACUCUAUCGCCCUUUCCAUGGCUGCGGCCACCCAGAGCAACCAGCUGGCCAUGAAUCUUUUGGAUGCGUCACCAAAACCCUGUCUAAAGACGAGCUUCAGAGAUACUACACAGCUCCCCGGAGCCAAUCACACGAAGUAUAUUGGCCGUCUGUACAGUCCCACUGCAUGGUGGACGGGGUAUGUAUCUUCUCAGGUCCCAGGGAGCCCAAUACCGGUCCAUCAAAGCUGACCAACAAUAUGCUCACAGACUGGCGAACCAGGAGACCGAUAUUUGAAAGGACCUACGCGCGUAUGGUACCGGAGUAUCUUGACCCACAGGAGCACCCGGCAAUCCUAGUUGGUCAUGGGAGCGGUGCAACAAUCUCAUGGCUAGCAGCUGAUCAGGCACCUCAUCUGGUUGCUACCAUAGUUGCUAUCGAGCCAACCGGUCCACCAUUCACCAAUGGAUGGGUUAACGAUGGUGGAAAGCAAAUAUUCAAGCCGCGUUUUCCGGUUCCCCAGAGCCUCCCCUUCCCAUGCAUUCGACCAUACGGGCUAUCCGACAUCCCUAUGGGCUUUGUCCCUCCGCCUCUCUUUCCCAGUAGCUUUGAAGAGCUUCUUCAGGACGUUGCAUAUAUCGAUGAAGUUCCCAAACAUGAAAGAUUCCAGCCGAUACCAUUUGUCAGGUCGGUAGACUCACUCACGAGAACCGAGUGCUACCUCCAGGGCGAAGCAAACGGCCCAGUUCGCAAGUUACCAAACCUCAAAGAUAUUCCACAAUGCGUGGUCACAGCUGGUUCAAGUUUCCAUACUGAAUAUGACUAUGCCACCGUUGCUUUUCUUCGUCAGGCUGGCAUGCCUGUCUCGCACCUCAAGUUCCCUGAAGACUUUGGGCUCUAUGGCAAUGGUCAUCUGCUCAUGCUGGAACACAACGGCUUGGGCAUUGCAAACUGGCUAAUCAAAUAG